CAGCGCUUGGCAGGCGUGGACACCGCAGCAUACGCGGCUCUCUCUGCGCCCCAGGCCCAGCUCGCCGGAGUUUUCAGGCUGCUCCGUGUGAACUGACCCCUCAUUUGAGUCCACGCUUAGAUGAAGAGGAUUCCAGCUCCGCUAGGGUGGAACCUUCUCCCGCGCCGCUGCUGGAACUGGCGCGGGAUGAGAGAGGUGUGAAGCAGGGGCUCUGAUCUGUGCGGGUUUCCAGCGACCAGGCAAAGCCCUUCUCUCUCUGUGGCCUGUUUCUAACUACUCGUCAGGUGAGCUGAGCAUCCGCGGAGGAGGCGUCCCGGGACCCAGAGGAAGUCUGGGUCUUGAGAACCUUCAGAAAUUUUCCUAGGAAGUUGCCUGUCUAGCAGGGGAACCUUGAAGCCCAGGAUGAUCUUGUCCAACGCAACAACUGUGACACCCUUUCUGAGCAAGCUGUUGCAGGAGACGGUUCAGCAGGGCAGUAAUGUGUCUGGCCUGGCCCGCAGGUCUUCCUAUCACAGAGACAGCAAGCUGGAGGCUCUCUACGUCCUCAUGGUGCUCGGCUUCUUCGGCUUCUUCACCCUGGGCAUCAUGCUGAGCUACAUCCGCUCCAAGAAACUGGAGCACUCACAUGACCCAUUCAACAUGUACAUCGAGUCGGACACCUGGCAGGAGAAGGACAAGGCGUACUUCCAGGCGCGGGUGCUGGAGAGCUACAGAUCGUGUUCCGUCUUUGAGAACCAGCUGGCCGUAGAACAACCCAGCACCCACCUUCCUGAGGAGAAGCCUUCACCAUGAACCCCACAGCUGCUGGAAACUGAACAAAUCCCACCUGACCAUCUGAUUUUUCUAAUCACAUGCCUCUUGUAUUCUUUACCAUUGGCUUGCUUCUGCCUUUGUAAAGGGAGAACAGUGGAUUAAUGACACUAUUUUUCUAAAUCCCAUUCCUUCUGGGAUUUAGAAGGAAUGGGAUUUAGAAAUAAAUACCUUUCAGUUAUUCCCCUAUGUCCGUCCCUGUCUAAUUUAGCAGAAUCCUCCAGAAUGUGGCCUCUGAUAAUAAGAACUGCGUUUGCCAGACUCCCUUGCAGCUAGCAAGGUCAUGUGAUGGAGCCCGUAGACAUGAAAAUGAUGACUAUAAUUUCCAAGUAAUCCCUAACAUGGAAAAGGACAUUCCCUCUACUUCCCUUUCCUCCCUCCCAGUGUUGGAAGUAAGAGUCUGGGCCUGGGUGACAUCAGGGAGCAGGGUCUUCUAUACUCCUGGACUAUUCAGUAGGUCAGACUUAGAGGAAAAAAGAAUGUCCUCCACUCUUCCUCAAGGCACUGUUAUUUUGUUUGCUGUUAAAGCAGUAGAAUCAACAUUCUUAUUAAUACACUUGCCUUGGAGACGUAAGCCAAAGGUGCGACAUGCCCAUAUUUGUCACAAGCCCACACCACUUCCCCUUGUCACAUCUGUGCUCACUGCUGUGGCUCUGUCCUCCUCUGCCUUUCUCCUCCCGUACACUCACCCUCAUGCAUUUCUCCCAAACAUACACACACACA